CUGGCGGUCAAGAACAACGCGAUGGAAUCUGACAUGAUCGACAUGACGUGAUGCCACUUGACUGGCAACUACCAACUCGACAUCCUCCUUGAGCUCUCUACGUCCUCUCUUCUUCGACGCGUGAAACUAGACGCCGUAUGAAUGUCUCAGACCUCGAACACCAUUGCUUUAGAGCCCACGGCGCAUAAUGACGCGGCUGAUAUCACCGUGCAGUCGCCCCACGAAUCAGCACCUUCUUUAAGCUCAAAGGCGAGCACGGGACUCAAUCUCAACCGCCCGCGCGCCUCCAUGGUGUCCCAGCGGAAACCUGCGCCGUACAACAAGUAUCUUCUCUACGAGAACAAGCUGCGAUUCUUCAUAAUCGCGUCAAACACGACCGAUUCUCGACAUCGGAUCAUCAAGGUCGACCGCACGUCGCAGGAGGAGCUGAACGUCGUCGAGGACGACGCGGAGUAUAGCGGGAAGCAAAUGAGCGCCAUGAUCAAAAUGUUGGAUGAUGGGAAUAAGAGUUCGGGAGGCUUGGGCAAGCCGAGAGUCUACUUUGGGGUUGCCGGCUUUAUACGCUUUACGGCUGGCUGGUAUAUGAUUCUGAUCACGAAGAGGUCAUAUGUCGCGCUCCUGGGAGGGCACUAUAUCUUUCACUGCGAAGGAACAGAGAUCAUUCCCGUGUGCUUCAAUCACAAAGUCGAGAAACAGGCUGAAGAGCAACGAUUGAUGAACAUUUUCAAGCAAGUGGAUAUGUCCAAGAACUUCUACUUCAGCUACACCUACGACAUUACAUGGACGCUUCAGCACAAUCUCGUCGGCUGCAGCCGUCCAGCGAACGGCAAGUUCACGUUCAACGAUCGCUUCGCUUGGAACUUUCAUCUCAUGACUGCCGCGUUUGGAGAAGAAGACCGGCCCCAUCUCAAAUCAUAUUGGAUGCUUCCCAUGGUGCAUGGACAUGUCGACCAAGCUAAGCUCACGGUGCUUGGCCGCGUUAUCUUCGUUACCCUCAUUGCCCGACGGUCUCGCCACUUUGCUGGGGCUCGUUACCUAAAACGAGGAGUCAACGAUGAGGGAAACGUGGCCAACGAGGUUGAAACGGAACAGAUCGUAUCUGAGGCCUUGACCACCCCGUUCUACUAUCCACCUGCCCGUGAUUUUGGUGCCGAGGAGCAUGAAGAUCGGAGACCGAGUCCCAAUUAUACGAGUUAUGUGCAGUACCGCGGCAGCAUACCCGUCUACUGGACACAAGAGACUAAUAGUAUGAGCCCUCGGCCUCCGAUUGAAAUCAGCGUCGUCGAUCCCUUUUUCACGGCUGCGGCUCGCCAUUUCGACAAUCUGCUCAAGCGCUACGGUGGUCCCCUGAUGAUCCUCAAUCUCAUCAAGAAGCGAGAGCCGGUCCCCAGAGAAUCUAAGUUGCUGGACGAAUACACACAUUGCGUCAACUAUCUCAACCAGUUUCUACCCAAGGAGAAACGGAUGCAUUACAGGGCAUGGGAUAUGUCUAGGGCUUACAAAGAGAAGACACAAGACGUGAUCAGCAUUCUGGAAGAUAUGGCAGAGGAGUCGAUCCAGAUGACCAGCUUCUUCCACUCCGGACCUGAACCCUAUUCCCAUCUGUUUCAGAUGAACUCGGACGAGGUAUCGACCUGGAGGAGCACGAUAUCGCUGCAGAAUGGUGUUUGCCGGACGAACUGUGUGGAUUGUCUGGAUCGAACCAACGCAGCGCAGUUCGUCUUCGGCAAAAGAGCGCUGGGGCAUCAACUCUAUGCGUUGGGUGUCGUCGACAACCCAAAUCUGGCGUUUGAUUCCGAUGCGGUCAAUAUGUUGACGGAAAUGUAUCACGAUCAUGGGGAUUCGAUUGCUUUGCAAUACACAGGCAGUGCCCUUGUGAACCGGGUGGAAACGUACCGGCGGAUGCCUCAUUGGAACAAUGCUGACAAGCAAACUGCAAUCAACCUCUUCUUGGGAGUUCAAGCUGAAGGACCCAUCGUCCAUAAAGCUGUCCGCGGUGGCUAUCAAAAAUGGUUCAACGAAGAUAAUUUGGAACCACCGUAUCCUAUGACCGUAUGCAAUCGAACGCUGCGAGAGUUCGUUCACAACAAGUCGGACUUUUGGAUCGAAUACUACCGGCCGCUGCUGUUCACGUCUCUGGGGAAACACUUUGCGUAUUCCAUGAACAGCACGCUGAAAUUACCGGGGAAGACGCUCAGAGACAUCCACAACAGUCCCUUUGAGCCCCACGGAACCCGCAGCUCGAGACAUCAUCCGAGUGUUGUUCAGGGUGUCCGGCGUUGGAUAGGAGCGCAGCCCUCGUCUAGUGCGAAGACUAAUCAUGUGCAACCUCCGUCCCGGGUCGAAGAUAACAAACCGAUUGUGGAGCUCGACGUGACUGACCGUUCUACUGAAGGCAUCGCUCGGCAGAAACUGCAACCAUCUGUCUCUGAAACAGAAGUCCAAGAAUAUCAAGGGUACAUUGACCAGUGCCAGGAGAUCUUGGACGCGCCAACUGUUCUCGGAGAGCGUAAAGACCUCGAAGUGUACUCAAUGGCAGUACGGACAGCGAUGGGUGAGGCGCCUGAUUCCGUCGGUGAGAUUCCGAAGGAGUUUAUCAUCCAUGUCGAUCAUACCCUACAAUAUCUUGAUGGCCGCAAAGAAUUCGUCCCUUCGUUCAAUUAUGAGCGGUGGUUGACUUCUGUAGCGUAGGAUUGUAUCAGAUGUUAGACACUGCUCGGGUUUAGCGCAUGUUAUAUCUCGGACUCCUUCGAGGGAAACCCGAUUCGAGAUGUGAGUGACGCGGGCCGGCUUGCGUUCCCAUCAAACACGAACUGUCACAGAAGUGACGGUUUAGCUUCACGGGAAAUGACGAUUUAACAAACUGAUAACUGUUGGGCGUCCGGUUGCCUCUUGAAAAACUCAGAGCUACGAAGCGUAGUCAUGAGAUAUUCGACAGACGAAGAAAGGUCGACUCAGUCGAAAUUGGUGCAGUGACGGGAGUGAAGACGGCUGGGAGCACCACGCGCCGAGUCACGGUCACAUGGGUGGAUGGCAGUCCUGAUUGUCAGGUGCUACUUUUCAACUCAGCUCCGCGGGGGUGCAACCGGGUGAUGGCGGUGGUAACUGAGGUGCCCCAGAGGUGCACUGCCGUGUAAGCCAAGCCCUGAGAUGAGUUUUGCAAGGGAUAAUGGCCUACUACUACAUCAACACACACCACCAUUCAUCCCUCUGGUGGAGAGCGGCUGGAGCUGCAGGUUGACCAAUGAGCCCACGGUAUAAAACUUGUACCUCGCGCUGGCGACACUCUCAGUUUCUUGCAUGCAUGUAUAUAUGUACCAUAUACAUCCCACAAUCCACUCAUCUGAG